GAUUGUGAGCUGUCAAACCGCGGCGGGAGUGAUUGAUUUUUCUAAAGCUUUUCUCGGUAGUUUCACGGAUUUCGUCAUCUCGAACUUGCUAAACCAGUUAACAGCUAAUAUACUAGAUUAAACAUGGUUCUGGAUUUGGAUCUGUUCCGCAGCGACAAAGGGCACGACCCGGCCAAGGUUUUCGCGAACCAGGAGCGGCGUUUCAAAGACGUCUCCCUUGUGCAAACCGUAAUCGAUCAGGACGGCGAAUGGCGAAAGUGUCGUUUCAACGCGGACAACUUCAAUAAACUGAAGAACCUCUGCAGCAAAGAGAUUGGCGAGAAAAUGAAGAAAAAAGAACCGCAGGGUGCGGAAGACGAGCCGGUUCCGGAUUCUAUAGUGACGGAUUUGCUGGCCUUGAAAAGUGAAGAUUUGAAGGCGCUGACUGUGAAUCAGAUUAAAAAAGUACGCGGAUUAAUCGAUGAUGCGGUGGUUGAUAACGAGAAGAAACUUAACGAAGCGGAGGCAAAGCGGAAUUCUGCUUUGAGGGAGGUUGGUAACCAUUUGCACGAAAGCGUACCCGUUAGUAACGACGAGGAUGAAAAUCGAAUCGAGCGAACCUUCGGAGAUUGCGAGAAACGUCAGAAGUAUUCCCACGUAGAUUUGAUAGUUAUGAUUGAUGGAAUGAAUGGUGAGAAAGGGGCAGUAGUUUCCGGCGGGCGAGGAUACUUCUUAACGGGUCCGGCAGUGUUUUUGGAACAGGCCUUAAUUCAACAUGCUUUGCAUAGCUUGUAUAACAACGGGUAUACUCCUCUCUACACUCCAUUCUUUAUGCGCAAAGAGGUGAUGCAAGAAGUGGCACAAUUGUCACAAUUCGACGAGGAAUUGUACAAGGUUGUUGGAAAGGGUAGUGACAAAGCGGAAGAAGGCAGCACCGAUGAGAAGUACUUGAUUGCCACAUCUGAACAACCCAUCGCGGCCUAUCAUCGCGAUGAGUGGAUUCCUGAGGCUUCGUUACCCAUCAAGUAUGCUGGUUUGUCUACGUGCUUCCGACAGGAAGUGGGUUCCCAUGGGCGCGACACCCGUGGCAUUUUCCGAGUUCAUCAGUUUGAGAAGGUGGAACAGUUUGUACUGACCUCUCCACAUGACAAUAAAUCCUGGGAAAUGAUGAACGAAAUGAUAGCUAACUCGGAACAAUUUUGCCAGUCCCUGGAAAUUCCUUAUCGCAUUGUGAAUAUUGUUUCUGGAGCAUUGAAUCACGCGGCUUCGAAAAAACUUGACUUGGAAGCCUGGUUUGCCGGUUCUGGUGCAUUUAGGGAGCUGGUAUCCUGCAGCAACUGUCUGGACUAUCAAGCGCGAAGAUUACUGGUGCGUUACGGUCAAACCAAAAAGAUGAAUGCCGCCGUAGAUUUCGUGCACAUGCUUAACGCUACCAUGUGCGCCACAACACGUGUGAUUUGUGCUAUUCUGGAGACGCACCAAACCGAAACCGGGGUUAAGGUUCCGGAACCACUGAAGAAGUACAUGCCAGAAAGGUAUCGAGAUGAAAUUCCUUUUGUGAAGCCGGCUCCGAUUGAACUAGAGGCAGCUGCUGCACAAACCAAGAAAGACAAAAAGAGCGGCAAAAAGGAAGGACCAGCCGCUUGAAUGGUAAAAAUCUCGGUUUAACAUAAGUUACUAUUUAUUUGGAAAAUGCAUUUGCAACAAGCAAGCUUAAUGCUUUACGAUAAUACGUUUCGAAAUAUUCGUAACCAUAAGAGCGGUAAGUGCUGAAAUAAAAAUUAAAUGCGAGCCUCAGCCUUAAAUUAUUAUCUUGUUUUCUGAUCACAAACAACAAAAACAAAAAAACGUUCAUAACAUUUUUGACGUUUGUCCUACUGGAUUUGCUGACAUGAUCGAUCGAAGUACACUGCGAUGCACGUGGA